AUGGACAGCUUGGGCACCCUCCUGUCGUGUCAUGACCAGCAUCUGGCAUUCAAUCGCGGAGUGGUGGCUGCUGCUGGAACGCGGGUUGAUCAGGCGGCACAGCAAGGUGCCGGCGAUGUCCCAUCCGCUUGGCAGCAACAACGCGAGAAGCGAGAUGGUCAGCAUGCUCAUAUGACUUUCCUUAGCAAAGGUGAUCUGCAACUUUUAAUGCAAAGGCUGGCUGAAAUUCCUGCUGCGGUCUGGGAGGAGGUCGGGGCCACGGCCCCGAAUCCCGAUGUCGUCUCGGUGACCUCCUCGAUGGCACAAAUGCUUUCGAACAUGCCAAGAUGCUGGGAUUGGGUUGAUGUGGGCACGGGCUCGUGCAAGGAUGAAAGUGGUGAAUCUAUAUUCCGGGUUGUGCUCUGGCCAGCUGCUGCAGCUGUCCGUAUGAAGCUGGGGCUGCCGGCAAAGGAUUUUCACAUCACCUUAGGAUUUCAAGGUUGCGACGUGCACUCCAAGGCCAAGGGCCUUGCCACUUUGCGUUCGCCUCCAAGUGGCGUAGCGUCACAGUGCUUGAUGCAGGAGGCAUCGUGUUUAUUGUCUGCUGUUGCUGCUGCCGCUUUUCCGUUUUACGAGGACAGUAUGGAGCAGUUGACGUCCGCGGCAUUGCUGGGGGCUGAAGGGGCUGAAAAUGAGGACUUGGAGGCUGGAGCCUUGAGAGCGGCAUGCCUCUUCCACGGACGACUGAAAAGACCAGAUGAGGUUCUGGCAUUUUCUGACCGUUUGUUGCAACUGCACAAAGAUGAUGAAAUCGGCCGUCGGAGUCGCGCAUUUGCUUUGGUUAUGCUGUCCCGCUAUGAAGAGGCAAUUCCGGCCCUUGAGCUUGCAAAAAGUCAGCUCCAUAUGUUGCCUCCCGAACAGCAUGCAGUCGAGCAUGCUCGUGUACUGAAAGCACUUUCUCAUUGUCAGAGGAAGAGGGGUGCUUUGUGCGAACAUUCAAAGACGAGCAUGGCCCCGCCGGGCUAUCCGAACGAUGGAGAGUCGGCAACUGCCACCAAAGCAAAUUACCCGAAGACACCGCAUCUUCCUUUUUCUCCGGGUAUCAACCCCGAUGACACGCGUGCCUCAGACUGCCAGCAGCUUCUCACGUGUGAAGUUGUAAUUACUGAGAAGUUAGAUGGGGGCAACUGCUGCAUCAAGGCAGACGUUGCAAGCAGAGCUUACAGGCCACAGGUCUUUGGCCGGACGCAUGCUCAGCCAGCGGAGCAUGCAUCCUUCUCGGCAGUAAAAGAGCUAGCCGCGUGCAUCGAGAACGAUGCGCUAGGAGACGUGGAGCUCUUUGGAGAGAACAUGCAAGCAGUGCACAGCAUCGAGUACGGCAACCUGGCGAACUACUUUUACGUGUUUGCAGCUCGUCGAGCUGGUGACUGGUUAAGCUGGGAUGACACUCUGGCGCUGGCAAAGGGGUUAGGCCUCCCUACUGUGCCGGAGGUUUUUCGUGGCGUCCUUUCAUCCGAGAAGGAGCUGCAAUGUUGUCUGGAGGCAUGGCAGACGGAGCCAUCAGCACUAGGUGCCAACACAACUCCAGAAGGCUUUGUGGUUCGACAUGCAUCCGCCAUUCCGGGCAGAUCAUUUGCUGCGAGCAUCGGCAAGUUCGUCCGGGCAAACCACAUUCAAACAGAUGAGUCUUGGAGACGGACGUGGCGAAAGGCAUGCCUUGGCGAACAGCUGCCGCAUCAACCAAAGGCGCUGCCCAGUGCUGCCGCGUAG